GCAGCUUUAGUUUAGUUCUGUCUUCGGUUUCCACUGUUCUCUACACGCUAUCCUUACUGCUGUCUACUCCUCUCUUAAAACUUGAAACAACUAACAAACUCGACUCGCACAUUCACAAAAAAGAAAAAAAAACAUCACGUAAAAUUUAAAAGUUUCCUUUCCGUUUCCUCUUUUCAAGAAAAAAAAUUCACGCGCGAAAAAAAAAAUAAAUGUCCGGUUGCGGGUCAGUUCCAGUUAGUGCGUGACGUCAGAGCGGGUCAGUGCCUAAAUUACUCUGUUAUGUCCGAACAUGCCCCGGUGUCUGAUGGCGAAGAAAUGGAAGUCGUACCCGUGGACGGAGCGGACGCAGGAUAUGGUCAAGGAUCAGCAGGAAGAGGAAGAAGAGAUCAUAGACGUGGUGGGGGACUCGCAGGGGGCCUGUUGGGGGCCCUCUAGUCCAACGGAGGGGGCCACGGCGCCUAGUCCGCCGCCGGGGAGUCCCAGCGGGACUACCAUACUUUAUAAUGGCUAUCUCAACGACCUCCAACCCUCCACCUUCACCACCUACAUUCCCAAGCAAGACCACACAACGCAGCAGCAAGCCAUUCCUCCUCCAUCGUACGUAACCCUAAGCACCGUUAUCGAGCAUACGAAUCAAAACCACCCGGACUACCCGCAUCCGGUCAGGAAAAAGUCCCUAUCUAUGACCUACACCAGCACUGGAGCCCAGCUGAGUCUACCGCCGAAGAAGAAGGACAUAUACAGGCCUUACUGCCUCGACGACAAACCAAACGAACUACAUGAACCACCGUUACCUUUUUUGACUAACCAACCUACGAUUAGAGUACCUGCAGAAGAAGAUUUACAUGCUGCACAUGCCAUUUUGGAUCUCAGUGCUUCGACUACUGUCUUUUUACCACCUCCUACGCCUCAGAUAAUUGAGCAUGUUUCUCAGAAUGAUAUACAAGAGCAGGAGAAUAUCCAACCUCCUACUAUAGAUGUAAAAUCUGGAAAAACCGUGGCAUAUACUUACGAAGCGUUCUUCGUGAGUGACGGUAGAUCAAAGAAACGAGUUAGUUCAGAAGAUACAGCAGGAACUCUUACUGCAAAAGUCUCAAACGAGAAACCCAAAUACACUUGUAGCGAAUGUGGAAAACAGUACGCCACUUCCAGCAACUUAUCGAGGCAUAAACAGACGCAUAGAAGUCUGGAUAGUCAGGCAGCUAAGAAAUGCAUCACUUGUGGGAAGGCUUAUGUUUCUAUGCCAGCGCUGGCGAUGCAUGUGCUGACACAUAAGCUGGCACAUAGGUGUGGGGUGUGCGGGAAACAGUUUUCGAGGCCUUGGUUGUUGCAAGGUCAUCUUCGAUCGCAUACGGGGGAGAAGCCUUAUGGGUGCGCGCAUUGUGGGAAGGCCUUUGCUGACAGAUCCAACUUGAGAGCUCACAUGCAGACUCAUUCAGCUGAUAAAAACUUCGAAUGCCCUAGGUGUCACAAAACCUUCGCACUCAAAUCCUACUUGAACAAGCAUCUUGAAUCGGCGUGCUUGAAGGAAGAAUCCGUGCCAUCACCGGUAAUAUGCUUGGAAGAGAAAAAUCCCGUUUCAAACAUAGUACAAGAAAUUUUGCCUAGCCCUGUACCAGUUAGAGUAUACUCUGGGUAAAAAUGUUGAUUUUGUGUUAUGUUUGAAGGUAUUUGUUACAUUGAUUGUACAUGAGAUUGAAGUUUUGAUGCCAAGAAGAAUCAAAAAAACGUCGUGUAGUAACACGAUAAGCAAUAAUGCAAUAAUUCUAUGUAGAACAUUCAAAAGCAAAUGUUCUAAAUUCUCUAGUUAAAUAUUUCAACCAAAAACGACUUAGAAAACUAAUGUAUAGUACUAAAUACUCUAUAAAGCUGACCUGUAAGAAAGAAAUAUAUUUUUAUUAGUGCGUAGCGAUUUAGGUGUCCUAUAAUUUCCCAUUUUACACUAGAUCAUAGAUUUUGAUUCGAAAAAAAUAACUCUUUGUCGUUUUUGGUUCAAAUUAAAACAAAUUGGAGGAUCGGGUUUUUAAAUUAAUUAUACUGUAUUCUAGUCUAUACAAUUCUAGUCAAGUUUCUUCUAGUCCUACCUUAUACAGGGUGAGUACUGAAUUAAAAAAAGAAAAUUUACUCUGUAUAUUAUUUAUUUUUAACUAUUACUCUUAACUUAAAUUUCAAUAAAAAAGGCGAUUUAGAAAAAAAUAAGUGCCGUCGUUUAAUGAAAUAAUUUUAAAAUAAAAAUGAAACUUAAUAUUGUUUCACAGCGAUACGGUUUCACAGAGAUAAAAUCGGCAUCAUAUGGGACUUUUUUAUUGAUUGACUUGAGAAUUUGAUUAUUAUUGAUUAUUACCUGACUUAUUGAAAUUUGAUUUUGGCGUUAGUUUCCACUCUGAAACAGAUUAAAAAUGGCAUUAUAAAAUUUAACCUGUUGCUUUCAGGUAUCUGUCAAACUUCACGUUUAAAGUAACAAAUGGCUAGAAAUUGGGUUUAAUUGUCGAAUUUUGAAGAACUUUAAAUGAUUUUUUUAAUUGUUACAUAAGAAUAUCAUACUUCCAUCUGGAUGAAAUAUUUUUUGUAGUCAUUCGUAACCAAUAGCAGCCCUUUCUCAAGGUAUAACCAAGAAUAAAUGAAGAUGAAUAACGUAUUAAAAUUAAGAUCGUAAUAAGAUUCCUCAUUUAUCGAGAUGAUAUCAUGAAGUUCGCAUUUGUACAUCCUGGACAGUUAUUUGCACAAUACCUAAUGUCAAAAGUUGUUUUUCAUAGCCUACUGAUAAAACUGGUAUUUAUACACUGCCCUUAUACAACAAGAAACGGCCACUAUUGGUUAAAAAUCUGGAAAUAAAUCACUUAGAUUGCUCAAAAUUGGUGCAUUUUUGUAAAAUUAAAAAAAACCUACUUAAACAUUUUUUUUUAUUAUUAAAUUAAACUCAUAAUAUUUCAGCCACUUAUUAGAUUGAAUGUCAAAAUUAACAGAUACCGGAUAGUAACAGGUUAUUUUUUAUGCAAUUUUUAAUAUAAUUCAAGACAAAAUCUAUCGUUAAAGUCAAAUUUUACCUAAAACAAUAAUUAAAAAAUAUUCCAUGUUAUGUUGACUUUAUCUGAUACACUGUAUAAAAUAUAAGAAAUAAUUCUAAUUAACUUUUUGUUGGCAUAUUUUUUUGUUAUAUUAUUUCUUAGUAAAUUACAAUUCAUAAUGUAUAUAAGAAUACUUUCUUUUGUUAGACAUAAAAAGAAUAAUUUUACAAUUUUCAACAAAGUUUAAUAAAAAUCACAAAUAAAAAUAGAAA